AUGAACAUUGGAAGGCUGAAUACCAACGGGGAUGCCCGAAUGUGGUGGAAGAAGGUCUGGAAACUGACUGGAAAGAAGAAACCUUCUAUCAAUCUCAGUGAGCAGGGAUCAGACUCCAAACUCGAAGAUAGUGAUGCUGCAAAUAUGAUUAAUACGUUUUUCGCAGAUCUAACAAAUGAUUUCCCAGAAAUUCAAUCCAGAUGGUCAUCGUACGGUCAUUCAGAUGUCUUGCCGACUGUUACACCCGAAAGCGUUGCGAAAAAGCUUUUGUCCAUUCAGUCUCACAAAGCUCCCGGUCCAAACGACCCCUACCUCAAGAUAAUCAAAAUGUUUGCGCAUUCUUUUGCCAUCCCAUUAGCAAACAUUUUUAAUGCAUCAUUUGGGCAGAAGGUGUUUCCAAAACUGUGGAAAGAGUUCCGCCUAGCACCUAUACCAAAAGUGGAACCGUGCACGAAUCUGGAUGAAAUAAGACCAAUAGCUCUCACUAGCACAAUUUCAAAAAUACAGGAGUCUUACGUGGUUGAUUGGAUGUAUGACGAUAUUGAGUCUAAAAUUUGUAAGGAACAGUAUGGUGGUGUCCCACGCUCGUCAGCAGUUUUUGCACUCGUUCACCUUCUACACAAAUGGAAUAAAGCGUUGGACUUAUCACAACGAGUAAUACGAAUUGUGUUUUUGGACUUUCGCAAGGCAUUUGAUCUUAUUGAUCACAACCUGCUAUUAGACAACUGUUGUAAAAUUGGAGUCAGACCGGGGCUUAUUGGCUGGGUGGGGUCAUAUCUGAGUAAGAGGAUGCAAGUCACAAGAUUUGGUAACGAACUUUCUACAAGAUGCAUGAUUAAUGGGGGAGUUCCCCAAGGUAGUCGUAUUGGUCCAAUCGCGUUCGUCGUUCACAUUAACGGACUGAAGGCAGUGAUAAAAGAUACCGAGAGCAGUCUGACUAAUUCAAGCAAUGAUGAUAAUGAUGAUGGUGAUGAUGACCUCACUCUUUUCAUGGAUGAUACAACAUUGUCAGAGGUUAUUAACGUCCGUGAUCAUGUCUCGGGUACGCAAGUUGGGAGUAUGAACAAUAAUAUUAUGAAAGUUAUGGAUUUUGCCACGUCUCAAAAAAUGGAGUUGAACCUGAAAAAAUGUAAGGAAAUGCAGUUAGAUUUCCGUCAGGACAAAACAGUUAUUCCACCACUAACAUUCAAUGAUACAACGUUGGAAAGGGUUUCAACUUUCAAACUAUUGGGCUUAUGGAUUGACGAUAAUUUAAAUUGGCAAACUAAUACUGAUUAUAUAAUAGGGAAAGCAGUUAAGCGACUCUUUUUAUUAAAAACUUUAAAGAAAUACUGUGCUGACAAGAUUGAUAUGAAACGGUUUUACAUCUCUGCCAUCAGGCCGACACUUGAAUAUGGAGCGCAAGUCUGGCAUGGGGGCCUUACUAAAGCACAGAGCAGCAGUAUUGAGAAAGUACAAAGAAGGGCUUUGAGAAUAAUUUAUUCCGAAAAAGAUUACGAAAAGUUAUUGUUGAAAGCUGGAAUGCAUACGCUUGAACAACGUCGCAAUACUAUGUGCAUUGAUCUUAUCAGUAAAAUGUCUGACCCGCAACACAAACUGCACCAUCUUCUUCCUAAUAAACUUUGCAAGGUACGGCAAAGGGUUACACGUCAGAAUGGUCAAUUGUUUUACAAUUACCACUACAGAACAGAACGUUUUCGGAACAGUCCAAUCGUUUCGUCAAUUGAACUCUAUAAUAACUCUAUUUUAUAACAUAAUAUAUAAUAUAACUUUAUAUAUUUUUAUCGAAACAUUUUUAACACGUAGUGAUAGUUUUUGGAUCAGUCCAUUUGUUUCGCCAUUUGAACCUUUGUUAAUAACUCUCUUUUUUUUAAUAUAAAUAUCUUAUUUGAAACUUUUAUAAUACCUAAUGUAGAUAGUUCAGUAAUUAAUGUAUAUUUUCUGUAUAUAUGUAAUGCGCGUUCUAAUUUAGUUACCUACUGUAGCUAUUCAAUGUGUAAUCUUUCUAUAAUAAUAAUAAUAAAGUUACGUCACAUAUUUUGCAUACUAAUUGCUUUCGGAGCAGCGUGACGUCAUUGGCGGCAUCGGCGGCAUCCCUUUGAACUCCAUAGUGGGGUCUUUUACUACUAACGCAUGUCAGCAUUGAUUAUUACAAUCAUAUACAUGAUUUUUGCCGUUUGAAUACCAUCAUAGUGGCCUGCGGAGGAGGGUUAAAAAACUUCUGGACUCGAGUCUUGAAGCAAGAAAAUUGCUACUGAGAGAAGCACGACUUAUAAAUUAAAUCAUGCCAGCAUCCUCGAAUUUAAAGGAAUAUUAAUUUGCCUUGACCGAUAUCAGCGACAUGCACUUCUGAUGGAAUAUGUCUAUUUCGAUUUUAGGCCCAUCGGACACGAUUUAA